AUGGUGAAAAGCUCCUUUCGUCUAAAAGAUGGAGAAAUUCCAUCAAUCGGUCUGGGAACUUGGCAGUUAGAGGGAAAGAAAGGCUUAGAUGCAAUUGUUCAUGCAAUUAGAGGGGGAUAUAAGAUGAUUGACUGCGCAUUCUCUUACUGGAAUCAGGAGCUCGUUGGACGUGCAAUCAAAGAAUCGGGUGUUCCGAGAUCUGAGCUUUUUAUUGUUGAUAAGCUAGCGAAUACUUGGCACACUGCUGCUGAAGAUUGUCUCGACGAAACAUUAAAAAACUUGGAUGUGGAUAGUCUUGAUCUAUGGCUGAUGCAUUGGCCAUCUUCUUUGAAUCACAAUGGAAAUGAUCGAAAGUGCCCACGGUUAGCUGACGACUCCGUUGACUAUGAGAAAGAUUGGGAUUAUCUGAAGACAUGGGAGACCAUGGUUGAGAUUCAAAGAAGACGUCCACAUGAAGUCAAACGAAUUGGAGUUGCUAAUUUUGGCAUCAAAGAGCUGGAAAGAAUAAUUCAAACGGGUGUUGUUCCCGAAGUCAAUCAGGUUGAGCUACAUCCUGAGUGCAACCAAAAAUUACUCAAUGAGUACUGUGAUAAGAAAGGAAUACUGCUUGUGGGUUAUAGUCCUCUAGGUUCCAUUGGAUCUCCACUUCUGAAAAAUUCAAAAUUAGAAGCUAUUGCAGCGAAGAACAACGCAUCUGUGGCGCAGUGCUUGCUCAGCUGGGGAAUCCAAAGUGGAUGGCCUGUAAUUCCACGAUCAUCGUCUCCGGAGCGUAUUGAUCAAAACAUUACUCUUAUUCAGCUGUCAGAAGAUGAUUUCAGACGUAUCACUGAAAUUGGUGCUGAAUCGCCAAAAAGAUACAUAAAUGCGCCGUGGUAUACCUUUGAUGACCACUAA